AUGUUUGCUAUUCAACUUGACAAAAGUACUGACGUUGCUGGACUUUCAAUACUGCUUGUUUUCGUGAGGUAUAUUUUUGAAACAUCUAUCGAAGAAGAUUUAUUGCUUUGUACUCCUUUGGACACAAAUACCACCGGUGGAGAAAUUUUUAAAGUCAUCGAUAGUUAUAUGAAUAAACAUCAGGUUGAUUGGGUUAAAUGUAUCGAUAUAUGUAGUGAUGGAGCUGCAGCUAUGGUUGGAAAAAUUAAAGGAACCAUAACAAGGAUAAAAAAUGUCGCACCAAAAUGUCACAGUAGUCAUUGCGUUUUACAUCGCCACGCUCUUGUUAGUAAGAAAAUGCCAUUGGAGUUAAAACAAGUUCUUAAUGAGGCUGAAAACGAAUUGCAACUAACAACUAAUAUUAAAAAAAUUGUUAUCGAACAUUUGGAAAACCUCGAAAAAUCAUUGUUUCAGUAUUUUCUUGCUACUAAUAAUGACGUUGAUUGGAUACAAAACCCUUUUGUGAACCAAAAAAAACCUGCAAUGUUAUCCAUGCUCGAAUAUGAGCAGUUAAUUGAAAUUAAAAGCAUGUCAUAUUUAAAACAGAAAUUUGAAUCUGGAUCUUUAAACGAAUUUUGGAUUGAACUUAAGGACGAGUACCCAUCUCUAGUUGAAAAAGCUAUUUUUACUCUAUUACCGUUUGUAACAACCUACCGUUGUGAGGCUGGUUUUUCCUCUUCUGCGUAUACAAAAAAUAAAUACAGAAAUAAAUUGAAUGCCGCUCCAGACCUACGAAUUCAAGUUUCAGAUAUAAAACCUAAUUUUAAAAAUAUUGUAAAUUAA